UCACUUUUGGCCUAACGCACCAUUUUCUUCUCACACACUUCCACUUCCACAUAUAUAGUGAAUUCCUGAAGAUGAAGAAGGUUUCUGGUUCAUCCCUAUGGAUGGUUGUGGCGGUGGCGGCGCUGAUGCUUUUAACAGAGGUGCGCUUGUCAAAUGCAGUGACUUGCAAUCCAGUGCAGCUGAGCUCAUGCCUGCCGGCGAUCUCGUCUUCGACGGCGCCAUCAAGCACUUGCUGCAGCAAGUUGAGAGAGCAGAAGCCUUGCCUUUGUGGGUACCUGAAGAACCCAAACCUGAAACAGUAUGUGAACUCACCUGGUGCCAGAAAGGUUGCUAAUGCCUGUGGGGUUCCCCUCCCAAAUUGCUAGUAAAGUAAUUAUAAUGAAUGAAUCUCCCUUCAAUAAAUUAGACUUCUCUGUCAGUAGCAGAGUCCUAUAUUAUAUGUAUUUGUAUGAAAAAUGAAGAACUGGGAGUUUAAAUGUUUCUACGAAAUAAAUUGUGGAAGGGAAAUUACGCAUGGAUGUGUAAUCAUCUAGCUAAUGUGAAUUGAUUAUUUACGUAGUAAUGCUUUUCUUUUCUCUUUAA